AUGAAAAAGAAGUGGGCUACUAUUGAGGAGCCCAUUGUUAUUGAACAUGUUCCCGAAGGUAAUGAAGAGCCGAAAGGCGAGAAAGUGGUAGAGGAGGUUCCUAAAGCUUUAAAGCCAAUUCCUAGACCUCCUUCUCUAUUUCCUCAAAGAUUGGCUAAGAAAGCGGAUGAUGACAAAUUUCUCAAGUUCAUCGAGAAAUUGAAACAACUUUCAAUCAAUAUUCCAUUGGUGGAGGCACUUGAACAAAUGCCCGGCUCUAUUGUAACAAAAGCUUUGGUUCAAAAGAAGGAGGACCCGGGAGCUUUCACCAUUCCUUGCACAAUUGGGAUGUACAAAUUUGGGAAGGUCGUAUGCGAUCUUGGAGCAAGCAUCAACUUGAUGCGUCUUGCUAUCUUUAACAAAUUGGCCGACUUUGUGAUUUUAGAUUAUGAAUUUGAUUUCGAAAUGCCCAUAAUCUUGGAAAGACCUUUCUUAGCUACCGGGCGUGCUCUUGUAGAUGUGGAGAGAGGUGAUUUAAAAUUUAAAAUGAAUGAUGAAGUGAUCACCUUCCAUAUUUGCAAAUCGAUGAAACAACCUACAGACAUGAGUGUUGUGUCAGUUAUUAAUACAAUUGAUGAAUCCAUGGAGAUAACCAUUGAGCAUGAACAUGUGGGUGAAAUGUUAGCGGCGGUGCUAAUGAACUAUGAGGGGGAAAAUAAAGAGGAAUUUGAGAAAACGGUUAAUGCAUUAGUAGGGUUAGGUACAUACAAAUACAAUCCUAAGAAGCUUGAUCUUGAUAUAGAAAACCGUGAGAAGCCUCCCGUAAAGCCUUCUAUCAUUGAGCCUCCCACCUUGGAACUCAAACCUCUUACUUCAUAUUUGAGGUAUGAAUUUGUUGGACUAAACAACACUUUGCCGUGA